CAGUCAGUGCAUGUACAGUCAUAAAAUUCUAACAUGCAAAGACUCGUCCACGCGUAUUUUCCACCCUCCUUUCGUCGACUGUGAAUAGAGAAGUGAAACAUUAAGAGAGGCAAAAAAAAACGUGAUCUCGGGACAGACGCAUUUCUGAAACGGGGGGGAGAGAGAAGAGUCUGCAACUUCUCUUUGUAAACUUUUCCCAAACACUGUUGCAAAAUGGUAAAGAAAAGAGAUGACGAGACUCAAAGUGAUUCCAGCCCUCCCGAGAAGGCAGUUCCGAGGCUCUGUGGAACCAACUACCCACUCAGUAUUUGUUUUGUGGUUGUGAAUGAAUUCUGUGAACGCUUCUCCUUCUAUGGAAUGAAAGCUGUCCUGACACUCUACUUCACAAACUUUCUACAUUGGGAUGAGGAUCUAUCCACGGCCAUCUACCAUGCCUUCAGUGGAGUUGCUUUUUUCACACCAGUUAUAGGAGCCCUUAUAGCUGACUCCUGGCUGGGAAAGUAUAAGACCAUCACCUUCCUGUCCAUUGUGUACAUCAUUGGUCAUGUGGUGAAGUCGCUUGGAGCUAUUCCAACUGUGGGUGGUCACACCAUUCACGUGGUCUUGUCUCUGUUCGGUCUCUUCCUUAUUGCAGUGGGUACAGGUGGAAUCAAGCCCUGUGUAGCAGCUUUUGGUGGCGACCAGUUUGAGAAGGAACAGACCGUGGAGCGAAGAAGGUUCUUUUCCUUCUUCUAUCUGUCUAUUAAUGCAGGAAGCUUACUGUCUACCAUCAUCACUCCCAUACUUCGAGCUGAAGUGACAUGUUUUGGUGGUGAGUGUUACGCUCUAGCUUUUGGUGUUCCUGCUGCCCUCAUGGUGAUAGCAUUAGUCAUUUUCCUGUCUGGCAGUGGUAUGUACAAAAAGCUUCCUCCACAGGGCAAUAUGUUGGUUGAAGUUUGUAAGUGUAUUGGGUUUUCAAUUCACAAUCGGUGGAAACAUCGCUCCAGCACUUAUCCCAAGAGGGAACAUUGGCUUGACUGGGCAACUGAAAAGUAUCCAAAGCAGUUGAUCAAAGAAAUUAAGAUGGUUUCCCAAGUUCUCUUCCUCUAUCUCCCCCUCCCAAUGUUCUGGGCACUUUUUGAUCAGAUGGGAUCACGAUGGACUCUGCAGGCCACCAGAAUGAAUGCUGACUUUGGUGGAUUUAUCAUACAACCUGAUCAGAUGCAGACAAUUAACGCCCUUUUGAUAGUUAUUUUGAUUCCAGUCUUCGAUAUGGGCAUUUAUCCACUCCUUGCGAAAUGUAAAAUUAACUUGACGCCCCUGAGGCGAAUGACAAUUGGAAUGAUCCUAGCUGCACUCUCAUUUAUCGCUGCAGCUAUUGUGGAGCUGCAGGUGCAGAACACUCUGGUCCCUGAGCCUCGUGUUAAUGAAAGCCAUGUUCAGUUCCUAAACCUGGCCGAUAAAAAUGUUAGCAUCAUUCUCCAGGAACAAAAUGGUUUCCGAACCACGGUGGCACCUUCUCAGGAUCCAGAUGGUUAUAUCAAGCUACAGCUUAAUUCUAAAAAUGACUCGUUCAGCUUUGAUUUGAACUACGAAGGCAGCAGCACAGUUUGCAUCCAAACUCUCAAUGAGACUUCAGCAUACAGCAUUCUACUCUAUAAAGAGGGUACAAACCUGGAUUGCAGAUUGCUGGAAGAUGAGAAGUCCAAACCAGAGAAUGGAAAAGCCACCCUGAGAAUUGUAAAUGCCUACAAAACAGAAUUAAACUUCACACUAGGCAACGAGGAAUUUGGGACCGUGGAUGCUAACUACAGCAGCUCUGCUUACAAAGUGGUGACACGAGGACGCUACCAGGGACAGUGUACGGUUGGUACGAUGAAAUAUGAUGUGGAUCUGGGACUGUUAGACUUUGGAGCAGCAUACACCAUCAUUGUGGAUGUAAUACCCAAUGAAAACAAGUUGAAGAUCUGGAAGACCGAAGAUAUCAAAGCAAAUGUAAUUCAUAUUGCGUGGCAAAUCCCGCCAUAUGUGCUGAUGUCCGCUGGUGAAGUAAUGUUCUCCAUUACUGGGGUGGAGUUCUCCUACUCUCAGGCUCCUAUCAACAUGAAGUCUGUGCUGCAGUCUGGCUGGCUGCUGACGGUGGCCUUCGGCAAUAUCAUUGUUGUUAUUGUGGCCAAGUCAGCAUUCAUGGAACAGUGGGAAGAAUUUGUGCUCUUUGCCUGCCUGCUGAUUGCUGUCUCCAUCAUAUUCUCCAUCAUGGCUUACUUCUACACCUAUAUCGGUACGGAAGAGCAGGCCAUUGUUGCUGAGGAAACAGUCGACAUCUCCUCACAACCACUGUGCACAAACAUCUCCCUCAACACAGUCAACAAGAGCAAUAUUUAGAGAUCAACUUCCUGCCCCACUUACCCCCAGCACCCCCAUCUCAAUGUCUCUGAUUUAUCUGGCUGAUCUUCUGUAAAAAUUGGACUCAGACUUGUACCAAAAGUGAUCUUUAUAUAAAGACUGAAAUGUCCCAGGGAGGGGAAUUGAGAGUAGAUUUGGAGGAAGGGAGUGGAGAGGAUUGGUGGUUUAGGAAUGUCAGUAAAUAGGAAAGAUAUGAAGGAAUUCAUUUGUACCAUGCAGAAUCCAGUCACUACGUUACAAGUAUGUGAUUACACUGAAAGGGGAGAUCACUGAGGUUGCUGUCAGGACCUCUGCUUUUGACCAUGAGGGAAUAUUACCUGGACAAGAUGAUGUUUUAUUUGGACAAAAAAAGAGAUGUAUUGCCAGUGUACAUGGUUAGAGGCUUGGAUAGAUGGAAUUUGGGGGCUAGUUUCUUUAGCAGAGAGGCCACUUACUCUGUAGAGGAAAUCAACUUUAAUCAAUUAAUAAGAUCAAGGAUCACUUUUAUUCAUCAUAUACUGUAUAUUUUCAAGUAUUAGGAAUUUGCUGUGCUGUGCAGGUCAGGCCACAACAUUCAAUAAUUAUAAAUAAUUAUAUAAAGAUGAAAUUAGAGGUUGAAGUGGAAUACAAUGUCUACAAACAUAUAAAUGUCAGCAUGUAUUUACAAUGUAAACUGCAUUAUAACAAGUGCUUUAAAGUGAUUACAGUGCAGUGAUAGGAGUAAUAGAGUGGGUUGGGGUUGCUAACUAGAAUGGUUCAUCAGAUUAACUACUUUGGGGAAGAAACAUUUAAAAUGGCACGAUGUUUUUGUUUUAAAACUUUAAAUACAGCUUAAAGAUCUUGUUUUAAUUGGUUAAAUAAUUGUAAUAAUUUUAAUAAUUUAAUGAUCAGGAUUGUAAGUGGUGACAUAUGCACUCUGUUAAUAAAAUUUACUUUGUACUUCG